UUUUUAGUGGCAGCAGUUACUAGCUAACUGUAGCUAACUGUAAGACGUGGUUGACAUUCGUUUCACAUUGUACUGCAUUGUACCUAAUUCAACCUGAUUGCAUCCCAUUGCAGAACUGUGUGUUAAUAUACAAAUGAUUUUUGUAAUUUUUCUAUCAUAUACGUAAUAUGUGUCACGCAAUAAGCUACCUCUGUUUGAUUUGAUAGCCUUGCGGACAAUGCGUGACGUGCGAUAAACGUACCCUUCGCUUUCUUUCUUCGAUUAUUUCCAAGAACUCAUCAUCAACAAAAUUCACCAAAAUGAGAAGUCGUAGCAAUUCGGGUGUUCGUUUAGAUUAUUACCAGCGAGUUGUCCAUAAGAUAAUAAUGGACCACCAAAAUCCUGUUACUGGACUUUUUCCUGCAAGUCGGGACAAUAAUCAUGCAUGGGUCCGUGACAACAUUUAUUGUAUCCUGGCAGUUUGGGGACUUUCGAUGGCAUAUAAAAAAAUAGCCGAUGCAGAUGAAGAUCGUGCCAAGACCUAUGAGUUGGAACAGAGUUGUGUCAAAUUGAUGAGAGGCUUAUUAAUGGCUAUGAUGCAGCAGAAGGAUAAAGUAGAGAAGUUCAAGUCAACUCAAAAUCCACUUGAUGCGCUACAUGCUAAGUAUAGCUCCGCCAAUGGACAGACUGUAGUAGGGGACACUGAAUGGGGACAUCUUCAGAUAGAUGCUAUUUCUUUAUAUCUACUAGUUUUAGCUCAAAUGACAGCUUCUGGGCUUCAGAUUGUCUUUAAUUUAGACGAGGUGGCAUUCAUUCAGAAUUUGGUGUUUUACAUUGAAUCUGCAUACUGUACUCCAGAUUAUGGGAUAUGGGAAAGGGGCGACAAAACAAAUCAUGGUCUGCCGGAAUUGAAUGCAAGUAGUAUUGGAAUGGCAAAGGCAGCCAUGGAGGCAAUGAAUGAGCUCGAUUUAUUUGGUGCCAGAGGAGGUCCAACAUCAGUAAUACAUGUUUUGGCAGAUGAGGCGCAAAAGUGUCAAGCUGUGUUACAGUCAAUGUUACCAAGAGAGUCCAAUUCUAAAGAACUAGAUAGUGGCCUCCUGUCCAUUAUAAGUUUUCCAGCAUUCGCCGUAGACGAGCCCAAUUUAAUUCAAUUGACGAGGGAGGCUAUAAUAAAGAAACUACAAGGUCGAUACGGCUUUAAAAGAUUUCUACGAGAUGGAUACAGAACGCCGAAAGAGGAUCCUAAUAGACUUUAUUACGAACCGUGGGAGUUGCGCAUGUUCGAAAAUAUCGAAUGCGAAUGGCCUCUCUUUUUCUGCUAUUUGAUACUCGAUUACUGCUUUCAAGGGAACAAGGAAGCAGUGACCGAGUAUACGAAACAUCUAGAGGAUAUAAUGAUAAGAACGGACGACGGGAUAAAAUUAGUUCCUGAACUGUAUGCAGUAUCGUGCGAAAACGUUCCAGCAGAAUAUGCUGAACCUGGCAGCCAGGAGAGAGAGGUUCUAGGUAGAUGCCCGUUUAUGUGGGCCCAAUCCCUUUACAUUCUUGGAAAAUUACUACAAGAAGGAUUUCUAGCUGUUGGAGAACUUGAUCCAUUAAAUCGUCGUCUAUGUAGCGAAAAAAAACCGGAUGUUGUGGUGCAGGUCGUAAUUCUUGCGGAGGAUGCUGAAAUUCGUGAGAAGAUAGCCCAGCACGACAUUCACGUGCAAACAAUAGCGGAAGUUGCGCCUAUAGAAGUUCAACCUGCGAAAGUGCUAAGCCACUUGUACACAUAUUUGGGCCGAAACAAAAAGCUGGGACUGUCUGGCAGAAAAUCGAGAGACGUAGGAAUAUUAAGCACCAGCAAACUGUACUCCUUGCACGAUAAGAUAUUUGCAUUCACACCACAGUUGACAGACAUGACUCGUUUCUACAUCGCAUCGGACUAUGAGCUCAUGAUUGACAUAUUCAAAGGGGAAAUUAAUUUCUUGAAGUCUAGCUGGCAGAACAUGUUAGGCCGCCCGCUCGUCGUAAUGCCACUCAAGAACAUUCACCUAGAUCAAGGAAAGAUACCGUUGGCCAUGAUAACAACUAUGAAGAAACUGAAGAGCGGCUACAUAAAUGGGACCAGAGUCUCUCUGGGAAAUCUUAGUGAAUUUUUGAGCACCUCUUGUAUUACAAAUCUUAGUUUUCUCGGUAGUUCGGAAGACGGUCGUCCGGACAAGCUCAAUCCUCAGGUCCAUCAAUACCUAGAGGAACAUCUUGUCCGCGCGUUUCCUCAUCGCACUGGACUUCUCAAUCGACCGGUCGUCAGAAGCGGCGGUAACCUUAGACGCAAAAUGUCGGUCAAAGGAGCAAUUAAGAAGACAAGGUCGAUCGCGGUAGAACUCGCGGUUCCCACCAUCCUCCAAGAACCGGAAAUUCUUGGAAUGGCUGGGGAGGAUCGCAGGCUCUCUGCCAUUUAUAAUACGAAUCCGUUUAUCGAAGUGACAGACACGUCUCUCCCUACGACCACAGCUACGCCGAAUCAACCUGACCGAACACCAUCGCCUACGGAGGAUCUCCUACCGUGGAAACAUUCACCGAAGCCGCAUAGACACAGGCUGGCUUCGGAAACACAGUAUGCCGAUACCGAAGUCGAGGAGCUGCUCGCAAUGUUACGUGAAACCGAGAGCCUUGAGGAACAGGGAGACAUUCUUCAGUAUCUCGUAGAUUCUCAGGGACUGUAUUUCAAUACCGGUAUGCUCGAGGAGGGUCGUCCCGUCACCGUCAAGGAUUUACUCAAAGGACUCUACGAGAAAGCUUGCCAACAAAAAAUGUGGGGUAUCGUGCGACACACUGCAGGCAUGCUGGGCAAACGAGUCGAAGAUCUCGCCAAGGCUGUCACCGAUCUGCUUGUCCGUCAGAAGCAGGUAACUGUUGGGAUGCCCCCUACAAAUGAGCACACAAUAGUAGCGCCACUUCCGGAAAACGAAUUACGAUCCUUGAUUCACCAAGCCUAUGGGGACGAUGAGUCCACCGCGAUGCUCACCCAGGAACUACUGGUCUACUUGGCGAUGUUUAUACGAACAGAGCCGCAGCUCUUCUUGGAGAUGUUGCGUCUCAGAGUGGGUCUAAUUAUUCAAGUAAUGGCUACGGAACUCUCGAGAACCCUCAUUUGCACCGGAGAGGAAGCUUCGGAACAUCUAUUAAAUUUGUCUCCGUUUGAAAUGAAAAAUCUCCUUCAUCAUAUCAUGAGCGGAAAGGAAUUCGCCAUCAGCAGCGUUGGCCGUGGAAACUUCUCCGUGAUCAGUUGCAAAUCCAGUAGAGUGAGCAAGAAAUCCCAAAUCGGCGGUUUUCUCAGCGCGGAUCAAACAGACGGGACUGAAAUGGAACCAGACCGACAGGGUCAGUGGCUAAGAAGACGGCGUUUGGACGGCGCCUUGAACAGGGUGCCAAGAGACUUUUAUCCCCGAGUUUGGCAAGUUCUCGAGAGGUGUCAGGGAUUGGUCAUAGAAGGUCGAGUGCUUCCGCAGAAUCUGACACAAGAGAUGACUUCCGGAGAAUUGAAAUUCGCUUUGGCCGUUGAGACUGUCCUCAAUACGAUACCACAACCAGAAUAUCGUCAAUUGGUUGUUGAAGCCUUAAUGGUACUUACUCUAGUCACGGAGUACAAUGUCGUGCCUUCCCUGGGGGGCCUCAUCGCCGUAGAACAUUUGGUGCAUAAGGCCAAUGCCAUCUUUCUAGAGGAUCAGAUGAAAGUCGAUGGGGAUGCAACUCUAUGUUGCGCCAAGCCCAAGGAUCAGCGCGAAACAACUGCUACGGGAAGUCUGCUGUGCGGCGGUGCCGCCUAUGUCUGCCAACAUUUCUAUGACAGUGCCCCGAGUGGCAGUUAUGGAACAAUGACUUAUAUUACCAGAGCCAUUGCUUCCCUAUUGAAUUGCUUGCCCAAAGAUGGCGAUUUGGAAUGUUCGAUAUCGUAGACAAUUUUACCUCAUAGGCUGUACCCUCAUAGGUCUUCUAGAUAAACUGCCAAUAUUUUGCUACAGCAGAUUUUGUUUUUCAGAAGUAAUAUUGAACUUUCAUGUCCAAACUAUUAAUUGCCCCGUAAUUUGGUCUAAAGGUCAUAAUAAAUGUCUUAUUUGAAAUCAACCAAGAUAA